GUGCAUUUGUGCAUCCUCAGCACCUGGGACAUUACCUCCCAUCUCCACGGGGGAAGCUACAUCGUUGACACUUGGCUCAUCAAGUUUGUCAAUCAGGGCUUCAAGUUCAACUUCAGAUUUUUUGCGGGUGCCUAAGAGAGGAGAGGGAGGUCAACAUGGGCUCCAGCUCCUCCUCAUAUGCCCCCAAAACCAUUUACCUGGAUGUGGAUGGAAAAGUGCAAAAGGUGGUGUUCAGUCGGCACUGCAACUCGUGUGACAUCAAGGAGCUUCUGUGUUCCUCAUCUAACAUCCCCAGGAACACUGCCAUCAUGAUGGUGGACCCAGACGGAACCUUGGUUUCCAUAGAUCCCACCAUGCCCACCAACUCACCAAAUUCUCUGUACAAAGUUGUCCCUCUGUCCACCAGUCAACUUGGAGAGAAGGAGGACAUGUUUCAGAACAUGUUAUCCCAGGUGGCUGAUCAGUUCAGCAGAGCCUUUCGCAUCAAUGAGUUGAAGACUGAGAUCACCAACAGGCUAGCAAUGCUGGAGAAGAGAGUGGAGCUGGAAGGCUUGAAGGUGGUGGAGGUUGAGAAGUGUAAAAAUGAUCUGAAGAAGCUACGAGAUGAGAUGACUUCAAGAAGUGGUGGCAGAUCAAACUGUCCAUGCAAAUACAACUUCUCAGAGGAUGGGAAGAAGGUCACUCCCAGACGAGAUGUCCCCAAUUACCCAAAGUACACACUGUCUCAGGAGACGAUUGAGGCGCUCAAGAAGCCAACAUUUGAUGUCUGGCACUGGGAACAUAACGAGAUGCUAAGUUGUUUGGAGUAUAUGUACCAUGACUUGGGACUAGUGAAGGAAUUCAACAUGAACCCCAUCACACUCAAACGCUGGCUGUUGUCGAUUCAGGAGAACUACCGUGACAAUCCUUUCCACAAUUUUCGCCACUGCUUCUGUGUUAGUCAGAUGAUGUAUGGCAUGAUUCACCUCUGCAAUCUACAGGAGAAGCUGACUCUCACAGACAUGGGUAUUCUCAUGACAGCUGCGGUGUGUCAUGACCUGGACCACCCUGGCUACAACAACACGUACCAAAUCAAUGCCCGCACAGAGCUGGCAGUGCGCUACAAUGACAUAUCUCCCCUAGAGAACCAUCACUGUGCUGUGGCCUUCCAGAUCCUCUCAUUUCCUGAGUGCAAUAUCUUUUCAAAUGUGGACCCUGAGGCCUUCAAACAGAUCCGACAGGCAAUCAUCACUCUCAUUUUGGCCACUGACAUGGCCCGGCACGGGGAGAUACUCGACUCCUUUAAGCAAAAAGUGGACAACUUUGACUUCACCAAUGAAGAGCAUGUGACAUGUCUAAAGAUGGUUUUGAUCAAGUGCUGUGACAUCUCCAACGAAGUGAGGCCAACUGAGGUGGCUGAGCCCUGGGUGGACUGCCUUUUGGAGGAGUAUUUCAUGCAGAGUGACAGGGAGAAGUCUGAGGGUCUCCCCGUGGCUCCUUUCAUGGACAGAGAUAAAGUCACCAAACCCACAGCUCAAAUUGGUUUCAUCAAGUUUGUCCUCAUCCCAAUGUUUGAGACUGUAAUGAAGCUUUUCCCUCAAAUUGAGGAGAUCAUGGUUCAGCCUUUGAGAGACUCUCGUGACCACUAUGAGGAGCUGAAACAGAUCGAUGAUGCCAUGACAGAGGGGUCUUCUUUUGUGAUGAAACUAAGGACAGAUUUUAAAACAUGUGAGUGAGGCCUCAGUGAAGACAUCCUGCACUGAGUUGUGAAGAUAACAGCUGGAUCAGGAUCAGGAGGAAGAGACUGCUCGGCUG